AUGCCUGAUCCCUCCUUCCAAUCUAAGGGUUCUGCUUCACGCUUUGUCGAUGGCUAUUUCCCUCCUCUACCACCGCCUCAGAUGGCUGUCGACAAUGAAACCAUCGUCCAGCUGAUCCGACAACUCGAAGCGGACAGGGCUGCUUACCUCGCUACAUUUGAAAAGAUCAAUGAGACCCUCUCUCAGGCUCUCGCUUCUUCUCAGCCGAGUUUUCCUGAAAUCCGACCCGGCAUUGUAAAUCGCCCAACAGUUUCCUCAACCGGGUCUUUGAUAGCAACGGCCGUUGAUCAGACGCCAGCUUCCCCGAAACUUGCAGCAAGUACCUCCAGUCGUCGAACUAACCCCAGUAGCCGGCUUUUGGACAAAGACGGCCAGCAAAAGGACUCCAUUUGGACCGCCGAAGACAGUUCUGACAGCGACGACGAUGAGUCGUAUUUUGCACAAGAAACCCUCCCCUCGAGGGAGUUUACCGAGGAUGACUUGAUUGAGCACCUGAUGACCCACGAUUGGGACAAGUACAGCAAGUUUAUCCUACAGGACCUCCUCCGAAAUCUCGAUCUGCUUGGAAAUGGAAUCUUUCACAAAGACAGGCAUAUGCAUCAGCUGGAUGCCAACCACGAGCAUGCAGAUAUCUAUCAUGUGGGAAUAGAUGGCGCCCCACUUCGAUACAGCCGGGGUGACUCGGACGAUGGACCGCUUGCAACCUGGGACGCUUUGAGGUCCAUCAAUGUGGACGAGGCACGAAAGCAAGCCGUCGGCCGCAUCAUCACCAUGAGAGAACCGCCAUCGAGCUUAUUAGCCGCUCUCCAUCUCACGAUGAAGGAGCAUUUUGAUAUGGACUCAAUCUAUCGCUUGCUAAUCAACGACGACACCCCGACAAAAAUGAUCACGAAAGGUUAUUUGAAGAAGGACCACCGCCGACAACGGUCCGUUGUGUUUGUGUUUAAAUAUCACACAGUAGUUGGGGAUGGUCGCAAACCCUUACCGUGGCAAAGUCAUGACGACGCGUUGUCAGAACCAAAGGAGGGUCAUAUACCUCUCGCAACGUGCUCUGCUGUGGUGGCCUUAUCCUUAAGUGGACGCCCGAGUCAUACCCUGCGACGAAAUUCUCGGAAAACAAAAUCGAUCGUCGGCCAUAUAUACGAUCCCUUUGCCCCAUGGCAUGUCCUCUCAAUCCAAGCUUUUCCAGACUGGAACUCUAGCGUUGACGCUCACAACACCUCUCACCACUAUGUGAAUGGCCCCGACGCCUUCCUUGCGACCGUCCUGGCAGAAUAUCGAGAUGCCAUCAAGAGGUUCAAAGAAGUGCAUAGGCAGAUCGUCCAAUUAGCCACGCCACCAAAUAAAUCAAUAUUCGAUAGUGCCUUGAGAGACGAGUUGUUAUUCGAAAAUGAUAAAUUUUCGUAUUCUCGACGAUACUUUUGGGCAUCUCAAGCGUUGGGUGUGCUUGUAAACGAGAUCAAGGCAAUGGUCCUGGCGUACACAGAAACCUUCAACGACGAUUUUUGGAGCGGUGAGCACAAAACCCUUUUCCCUGGGACCAAAGAUCAGUCUUCCCGCUAUAGCAACUGGCGCAAGAAAUUGCAACAUACCCGUAAGCUUUUCGAGAAGGAAAUUGCGCAGCUGCAUGAGGUGCUGCACAUGUUUCAACACCAACAGAAGGAAAUCAAAGGCCUUCGAGAAUGGCUCUUCAGCGGAACAUCCGUCCUGGAAAGUCGGGAAGCAGUUAACCAAGCGAAGAUAACCGUAGAGCAGGGUUACAACAUCCGACUUCUGACCUUUGUGACCAUGUUUUUCCUGCCUCUCACGUUUGUAACGUCGAUUUUUGGCAUGACGAACAUGCCACCAGAAGACUCCUUCCUCCCGUUCGCAUUGACUUCGGUGGGGAUUUGUGUCCCGACGUACUUUAUCAUCCUGGUCGUCAACAACGUGGACCAACUCAAACGAUGGAUCACCAAUACGGAAUUGUUCUUCACCAAGAUCAUAUCGUGCGCCGUGCCGGAUAAAGCAGAGAAGAUGAAGAAGAACCUCCACCGACAACGAGAAAGGCAAGCCUUGCAACAUGGCCACUCGCAACGACGGCCAAUGAUCCGCAAAGCCGCCACACACGCCAGCCUCGAGCCACGACUGACCUCCGAGCUGACCUUGGAGCCCAUCCGCCACGCCACACACAGCAUCCUGGGAGCGACAACGCGCCGCGUGUCUCAGAGCCUGAGUCACCACCUACCCGGGAGUGGAUAUGGGCAUCGGUCCCAUGGUGUGCCAUCCACGCCCCUCCACCUGCCCACUCUGCCGAGUUACUCGGAGGAGAAAGCCGCCAACGACGUCAACGACGACACCACUAGCCCACUACCCCGACAGGAGCGAGCCAACACCGCCGUUACAUUCGAAGAACCUAUCUACAGCCCAAGCAUGCUACGCACCCUGGACAUGGAAGGCACAGUUUUCAGGGAUAUGGAGAAGACGUCCACCCUCUCCCCGAUCUCCAGGGGCACAACGCUCGUGUCACAUCCGUCGCAUGGAAAUUCAGUUGGUCGUGGUGGUGGUGUGACCGGAUCAACCUCGUCGGCUACAAUGGUCGACGACCUGCCCACCCCGCCGUCGCCCAUGCAGAGUGCGCUGCAGCAGCGCAGCCUGACUGUUCCCGUGAACCAAUCGAUAUUCCGCCGCUGGAGCGCCAGGUUAUCGCCCAUGCAGAACUCCCCGCGCACGCCGGACUCCGGGCAGAUGAGUCCUACGGAGACGGUCUAA